CCAGGAAGGUGGGGUCAAUUUGCAAUGGUGUCUAUAUAAAUAGCGCUAGCUCACUUUUAACAAACUAAUGGAAUUUCGUAUACCACAAGAAAUUGAAAAUGUCGUGUAUUUCCGGUGUGUUGAUUUCGCUGGGUCUGGUUGCAGUUUUGACUACAGAUAUCGGAUAUGGACAUGAAGAUAAUUGGCAACUAAUAUUUCAUGCAGUUAAAGGUAAUGGUCAAUCUGUCCUCAACGCCUGGAACACAAAGGCUCCACCCCAAUGUACUCCUAAUAAUGGCUGCCUUCCUCCGGGUUUUAAGCUGGAUCACUGGAGGGAUAAUGCAAAACAUCUACGAAGUCCUCUUAUUGAUCAGUGGGAGUCACUCAGUAUUAAGAAGAUCAGAGUGGAGCUUGGUGGGCAGGGGAAAACAUUAGCAUUCUUGGAAUUUGAUGGAAGUGGAAGCAACGACAAAGACUGGUUUAGCAAGUCCAGACUUCUCCAUAGUAGUUGGGCCGAUCUCAAGACCGCCAAAACAAACCACUUUUCUAUAAGAGGAGACGAAAGAGAUAGAAAUCCUAUAAAAAGGCACUUCUUUGUUAAUCAACGUUAUGCCGGAUGUCCUAAUGAUUUUGGAUGGUUCGUAGUCUUAGACAGAACCAAUGAAGUAUGUUCAUGGGCAAAGAAAGGAAAAGCACCAGCGUUUUUGUAUAGCAGGGGCUCACAAGUUGUAAAUUGGAACCAAAGUAAGCGGUUCUUAAAAUAUUAUGGUUUCAUUAGAUUCCAUUGCUGUUAUCUUUUGUGAAUGUAUCAAAGAGGAACAGCCGUUGAUGUAUUUGUAAAAAAUUCAUGGAGUUAUACGUCUUUUUAUUUCCUCGACUAUAAGGAUUUUAUUCUGUUGAUCAUUCGAAUUAGUGUUUCUGAUCAAUUACAAUAUCAAUGAACAUUGAUGAUUAAAGGAUAAUAAUAAAGCCAAAUAAUACGUUCAAUAUUAAGAAAUGCACUGCCAUGAUUAGGAAUCAGGUAAGUUUUAUCAAUAAUUUGGUAUGUUGGAUUACUGUUGUCGAUAAUUUGGUAUAUAGCAAUUUUGAUAUUGAUCACUGUUCGUUUCUCUAUUUCUUCACGUCAUAAUUUAGUUCUAUUUAAACCCCAGCAUCCCUUUGUAUUCCGAAUUGGUUUUGACGGUGCUAUCAUAUCUUAAUAUAUUUUUGCACACAAUGUAACAGUAGAACUUUAAUAAAUUUGCUUUCUUUUCAGGUCCAGGAGUUGCCGAUGUGAUGAACGUAUAUAUCCAAGCACUAUAGCUUUCGUUGACUAAACCUUAUAAGUCUUACUAAUAAUGUAUUUGUAAAAGUAUGUUAAUUCGUAAAUGUUCCUUAACAAUAGUGAAGAGAAAAUUGCAAUAAAAAUGUUUCAAAUGUAA